AUGCAACUCCUCUCCCUCGCCUCAGCAGGCCUCAUUCUCUCCGCCGUGCUCGGAGCAGCAGGCAGUCCCGUCAACCCGCAGGGAAACUCCGUCAAUGUCCGCGCCGUCGAGUUCAACUCGAGGUCAGCUCCGGUUGCGGCCGUUGAAGCCCGAGCAGCUGAGUCCUCUAUCCUCGAGCGGAACGAGAACGGUUUGGACGCGCGAGCAGAGAACACCGCUCUGACCAAGCGUCAAGGCCUUGAGCAACCUUCAAGAUGCCGGCUGAGAAUCCAAGCUCGGAGACCGGGGCCUGCUUGCUAA